GAGAAAAUUUUCUAAAUUGUGACAAUUGAUCAAAUUAAUUGUUCGCAAUUGUAAUUAUUUGAAUUCUUCGUGUAAAUAGACAAGAAUCAAGGUAAAAUCUACUCUUGGCUAUUUCCACUCUCUCAGGUUUAGAGUUGAACUCGUUAUGUUAACCAGAUUGUUUUCCUUAAUUGUUUUGGUGUUUUCUCUUGAUUACUUGACUGUUUAAAAUUAAUUUUCUCUUCUCUUUCUAUUGAUUCAAUUAACAAUCGAUAAUUUGAUUUUCUCAUGUGCUCCAUUCUCACUAAAUUGUGAUAUUACUUUUUGUUGAUACAUUUAAGUGACUGGUUAACAUGUGAAUGUUUGUUUUUAUUUUAUUUUCAUCACAAUUGUGUUAAUCAUAAUCAUCUUGAUGGUGACUAAUUUGUCCUCUUUCCAAACGAUUAACUUACCAUUUGUUUUCUAUAUGAUUAAUGGUUAAUCCGAUUUACUGAUGUUAACCAAGAAUUGCAAGAUAAUCAAGUAAUCUUCAAACACUUCAAUUUACACGUGAUAAGAUUUAAAGCUAUUCCAUGGAUUGCAAUGAGAAUGAUUUGACACCACAAAAUUGGAAUAAAAUAAUUCGUGACCUGAUAUUACCCAAUUUCCGUCCCAAAUCUUUGGCCACAACGUUUACCUUCAAAAGAGAUCCAAGAACAGGAUCAUUAUUGCCCUUUGUUGAAGAUGAAUUACCUUUCCCUGGCCCUGAACAUAUAAAUGCUGCUAAUUCCCUUUCACUAUCUCGUUACCCUUCACCUCACACGGAAUCGGUCAAAGGUGAUCCCAACAAUUUACCCUUUGAACCUGCAACCGCUGGAUUAAGUCUUGAAAGGGAGCGUCUUCUUCAACAAGCUGACCAAACAAGUGAACUUAUCAAUGGUCAAUCAAGUGAAUCUACUUUACAACAAUCUAAUGAUUUAGUUGGUAAUCAACCGCUUGGAUUAUUUUUAAAUCCUCUCAAACCAUUGGAAUCAAAAUUAAAUACAUUACUUUGUAAUGAACGAGUUACCAUUGAAAAUUUGUUAACCUCUGAAAUUGAUGAGAUUGGAAAAUUGGAUAAUCUUUUCUCAGAGGUUAAAGUGAACAAUUUAAAUGAAAAGAAAGUCUAUAAAGAUGUUACUGAUGGUGGAAUUGAGAUUCAAUCAAGUGAAUCAUUUCUUGAAGAGAAAUUGAUUGAUCGGGUUAUCAAAGAGACAAAAGCUUCGGUUGUCUCUCUUUCGGUGAAAAAUUUACCACCCAAAAAGAAUGAAGCUUUCAAAGGAACAGAAUUUGCUGAAAUUUUAGAUGUUGACCAGGAAUUACCACCAUUUUCUCAGCUAAUACAAUCUCCGGCUUUCGUUUAUCCCUUCGAACUGGAUACUUUCCAAAAACAGGCCAUUAUUUGUUUGGAAGAGAAGAAAAAUGUUUUCGUUGCCGCUCACACAUCGGCGGGUAAAACAGUGGUUGCUGAAUAUGCGAUCGCUUUGUCAAUUAAACGCAAUUUGACUCGAGUUGUUUACACUUCGCCGAUCAAAGCUUUGUCCAAUCAAAAAUUUCGAGACUUUUGUACAACUUUUGGAUCUUCAAACAUCGGUAUAUUAACUGGAGAUGUUCAAAUUCGUGCCGAUGCUCCGUGUUUAAUAAUGACCACCGAGAUUUUACUCAAUAUGUUGUAUAGAGGAGCGGCUCUUAUUAGAGACAUUGAAUGGGUCAUUUUCGAUGAAGUUCAUUAUGUCAAUGAUCCUGAACGAGGUCACGUUUGGGAGGAAGUGUUUAUCAUGUUACCUCAUCAUAUAAACAUUGUACUUCUUUCAGCAACGGUACCAAAUGUUGUCGAUUUUGCUGAUUGGUUAGGACGAACUCGUAAUCGUAAAAUUCAUGUUGUUUAUACAACUAAAAGACCAGUACCAUUGGAACAUUAUCUUUACACUGGAAGUGAUGGUAAAACAAUUAAUGAGAAAUUUUUACUCAUCGAUAGUCAAGGAAAAUUACGUGAUGAAAAUUAUCGUAAAGCGAUGGCGGCGAAAAAGGAGAGAGAAUCAAAAUUCCAUAACUAUGGACCAAUUAAUAAAUCAAGUUCGGGAUCGGAUAAAACUGAUCGAAAUAUUUAUAUCACUGUGAUUCGUCAUUUAGACAAAGAACAACAACUUCCGGUGAUUAUUUUCACCUUUUCCCGAAGACGAUGUGACCAAUAUGCUCGAAUGUUAUCUGGACCUUUAGAUUUAACAACUAACGAGGAAAAAGGUAGAAUACAAAGGUUCAUCAAUCGAUCUUUGAGGCGACUUAAACCUGCCGAUCGAUUCAUUCCUCAGGUCAGAGAGAUAUCGGGAUAUCUGAAAAAUGGCCUUGGAAUUCAUCAUAGCGGCAUUUUGCCUCUUCUCAAGGAAAUAACGGAAAUAUUAUUCACCGAGGGUUUGGUUCGAGCUCUUUUUGCAACGGAAACUUUUUCAAUGGGCAUCAAUAUGCCAGCUCGAAGUGUCAUUUUCGAUGCGAUAAGAAAACACGAUGGUAAAGUUUUCCGUGACCUGGAACCUUCCGAAUACAUCCAAAUGGCUGGACGUGCUGGUCGACGGGGUAAAGACAAAACGGGUAAUGUUCUAAUUCUUUGUAAAGGUGAUGUACCAGAAAUGUCAAUUCUUUCUCGAAUGGCGGUUGGAAAAGCGACUGAAUUACAAUCUCAAUUUCGAUUAACUUAUUCAAUGAUAUUGAACAAUCUUCGUGCCAGAGAACAUAUUAGAAUUGAAUCGAUCAUGGAAAGAUCAUUUGGUGAACAUCCGCUUCAGAAAAUGGCCAAUCAAAGAUCUUCCGAAGUUGUCCAAUUUCAACAUCAGUUAAGCUCUCUACAAAUCGAACCUUGUGAUUUUUGUCUUGAUCUUCGUGAAUUUUGUAAUGAUGUCCUUGAAUGUCGACGAUUGCGGAAAAAUGUAAUGCCACUUAUUUGUCGACAUUUAGUUGAACAUAAAAAGAUGAAAACAAAUGGUCGACUUAUUGUGUUCGAUCAUCCUGAUCAUCCGUUUAUGCUUGGAAUCAUUUACGACUCGAGAACGGUUUUCAAAGAAAUUACCUUUGACGUGAUAGGUUUAAUUCCGGACGAUAUUGUGGCCUUUAACGGUGAUACUAAUAAGUUAUCAAUAACUUAUGCGAAAAUAACUCCAGCGGAUAUUAUUAUGAUCCUUAAAGAUGUUACCGAAGGCGCUGAUUUCCGUAUCCUUCGGGAAAAAGACAUUGGUACAACUUUAAACGACAAACCAGUGACUUUAAAGUGUAUCGAAAAUGUGCUCGAUUUAAUGAGUAUUCGAAGUCAUGAAAGGCCACUUUCAUGUUCUAUGGGUGUUUUUUUCCUCGAUGAAAUUGACCCAAUAAAAGAAAUGGGUCUAAAUCAGUUACAACAAGUGGAAAUGUUUGAUAACCUUGAAUUAAAAAGGAAUCAUCUUCGAUCUCGUGAAUGUCUCAUAUGUCCAAAAUUUUUAUCCCAUUACAAAGUAAUGAUGGAAAGAGUGAUCCUCGAAAUUCAACUUAAUCGAGUGAAAUUUGAACUAUCCCGUGAAUCAUUGAGUUGCCUUCCUGAUUACGAGUGCAAAGUAAACGUACUAAAGUGUUUAGACUAUUUAACCGACGACAAUGAUAUGUGUCUCAAAUUAAAGGGUAAAAUCGGAUGUUUAAUGACCGAACACGAAUUAGUCCUCACCGAACUAUUAACGGAAAAUCUACUCGCCAAUCUUGACCCACCUUAUAUCGCAUCUUUAUUAUCAAUUUUCGUUUACCAGCAAAACUCAGCAACACCAGAAUUUGAUGAAACAAUGAAAAUGUUAUUGACCAAAGUCCGAGGAAUCGCUUUGAACAUUGGUAAACUUCAACAACAAUUUGGAAGCAAAGAAUCACCAAUAGACUUUGUUAAUCAACUUAAAGAUGGAUUAAUGAUUGUUGUUUACAAAUGGGCCUGUGGAAUGCCUUUCUCAGAUAUCAUGCAAUUAACUGAUGUUCAAGAAGGUUUAAUUGUCCGAUGUAUCCAGCGACUUGAUGAGCUACUCAAGGAUCUCAAAGUAGCAGCAAAUGUAAUGGGAAAUCCAAAUUUAGCUGAGAAAAUGGACCAAACAUCGGAAAAGAUCAGACGUGAUAUCGUUUUCGCUGCGAGUUUGUACAUUCAAGAUGACGAUGAAAAUGGUUCAAAUGAGGCCGAAGAUGAACAAGACGACGAUGAAGAUAAACCUAUUGGUGAAUUAAUCGCUCCGUAAACUAAUAGUUUCUUGUCAUCUUUUUGUUGAUCGAAAUUAUCGAAAACUUUUCUUUGGUCAUUUUACCUGAAGGAAAAACAUUUGAUCUCCUGUUUCAUUUGAUUAUAAUCAGUUGAUUGCAACAAUUUAUCAUUAUUCGUAAUCACGUUUAACUAGUGAUAAAAAGAUCAACCAAUCAAUCAUCAAUUGAUCACCAUUGAAACAAUCAGCCGAUUAUUAAUAUCAUCAUCAAUUAUUAAUCAAACUGUGAUGUUGAUUGUUGCUAAUCAUCUGAUGAUUUAAAUCAAUUAUAAUCCCUUGAAACAACAAUUAGCUAAUGAUUAUGUUUACGGAUUUUCUUAUCAAAACAAAUACUAAUCGACUGAUGAAAAUUUUUAUAUAUAAAUUAAUAAUCUAAUAUUUAAUUGUGACCAAUGGUCUUUGUAUAUUCAACUAAAUAUUUCCUCUUUUUUUUGUAAAUCACUAAUUGUAUCGUCUAACCUUUAAUCAUAAAAACUGAACUAAUUUAA